AUGCGCCACUUUGUUCUCUCCCUCUGCGCGCUUGUUGUUGAUUCUCUGGUGGCGGCAGAAUUUCAUCCUCGGUCCGACGCCGCAGCGGAAUGUCCACUGAGUACGCUGCUCGAUAAUGACGCCACAUGCGCGGCACCGCGGCUGUCUGCUCACCGGCCCGAGGGCGAUGGCCGGGUAGAAGGCGAAGAUCGCAACCCGCUACUCCCUCCCGGAUGGGAAGGCCCGAGCGACUGCAUCCGGGAGUGGUGCGUGUUCUGGAACCCCGAGCUCAACGGCGGCAUCGCGCUGGUGACAACGCUGGCGCACGCGCAGCUGGCCACGUCGUACCCGCAGGUAGCCGACGACGCCGACGCCUCGUCACCACUCCCAUUCGAGCCGACGCCCAUCCCCGGCAAGGGCACGGGGCUGGUAGCGACACGGGCGAUCCGCAAGGGCGACAUCAUCAUGCAGCGCACGGCGACGCUAGUCGCGCAGGAUGCGGCGCACUUCCGCCUGCCGCCGAACCUGCGCAACGACCUGUACCAGCGCGCCGUGGACAAGCUGCCGGCCCCGCGCCGCGCUGCGUUCCUGACCCAGAUCGGUGCCGACGUGUAUACCAAGAUCGACCGCAACUCUUUUCGUCUUGUCUUUGUCAAUGGUAGUGCUGCCGCGCCGACGAACCGCGACGACAAGACGGCUGCCCACCUCGGCUGCUUCAACGACGUGCACUUUUUCAACCACGACUGCCGCCCAAACACGCACUACCGCAUCACCAACCUCACGCACACGACCGUGGCGGUGCAGGACAUUGCCGCCGGCGACGAGCUGACCAUCAGCUACGUCGACGCCACGCUGCAGCGCGCGGAGCGGCAGAAGCGGCUCAGCGACUGGGGCUUCGAGUGCACGUGCAAACAAUGCUCACUACCGCCGCGCGAGGUGCUCGAGUCAGACCUGCGGCUGCAGGCUAUGGACUGGCUGAGCGAGGAGCUCGAAGACAAAGUGACGACGGUCGGCGGGCUGGUCGAGCUGGAGCCGGCCAUGGGCGCCCGGCUGGUGGCCCUGUACGAACAAGAACGCCUGCACGCGUACCUCGGCCACGCCUACACGCGCGCCGCGCUCGUCUAUUCCAUGUUCGAGGACGCCGACAACGCGAAAAAGUAUGCUGCUGAUGCCGAGGUCGCUAUGCUCCGCGAGUAUGGCCCCGCUAAUAAGGACGCUGUCGCCAUGCGCGCCCUGGCUGCUGAUCCGGAGAACCAUUGGUCGUGGGGGAUUGUGAGGAGGGCUGGGUGA